GGAUUCUAGAAGGCGUGACGUGGGGUCGGGAGUGGGCUCGGAGGCGGGCGCUUCUCAGCAGUAGCUGUGGCCGCAGCUGUCGGGCCUGGGCCCGGGGGUGGUGGGGGCCGUGGGCGCAGCCUGUUCGUUUCCCCAGCCAUGGCCGCGCUGGGCCGGCCUUUCAGCGGCCUUCCACUGAGUGGCGGCUCGGACUUCCUGCAGCCGCCGCCGGCCUUCGCCGGCCGGGCCUUCCCCACGGGGACGGACGGCGCGGAGCUGGCCCCGCGGCCGGGACCCCGCGUCGUCCCCAGCAAUCCGGGCGGGGGCGCGUCGCGCGGACGUGCUUCGGUUCACUGUAAAAAGAAACACAAGCGGGAAGACGAGGAGGAUGAAGAUUGUCCAGUAAGAAAGAAAAGACUAACUGAAGCAGGGCUCUGUGCUAGUCCUAAUGACUGGGUUCUUUGUGCACAUCAGGAUAUAGAGGGUCAUGGAGUAAAUUCAUGCACUGGUGGCCCUUCUGCACCUGGCAUGUUAGAUGUUAUUUGUGAAGAAAUGGAUCAGACAACAGGAGAACCACAGUGUGAAGUUGCCCGAAGGAAGCUUCAGGAAAUUGAAGAUAGAAUUAUUGACGAAGAUGAAGAAGUUGAAGCUGACAGGAAUGUUAACCACCUCCCCAGCCUUGUCCUAUCUGAUACAAUGAAAACAGGUUUGAAGAGGGAAUUUGAUGAAGUUUUUACAAAGAAAAUGAUUGAGUCCAUGAGCCGUCCUUCCAUGGAACUUGUGCUCUGGAAACCUCUCCCUGAACUCCUUUCUGAUAAGCCAAAGCCAGCAACUAAUACUAAGAACUACACAGGAGAGAGCCAAAGUAAACGUGCAGCUGCUGGCACUGCCUUCCCUCUGAGAACUGAACUGUUCCUGGAACACCGGCAAACAGUGCUGCCUAUUUACAAUAGUUUGGAGACAUCUGCUUGCACAGAAGAAGAGAUGGAACUAUAGAAAUCAGUUUCUGCACUAAAAUUGUCAAACUGUCAAAGACUCAUGUACAGUCAUGAGUCUACUUGUAUAGUAUAUGGUCUUGAAAGUUUGAUGAAACGGGUGUAGUAAUAUAUCCACCUGUGAUUUGGGGUGGGACUCUUAUUUUGGGUAGUCAUUUAUUGAACACUUUGCCAACAGAGCUUGUCUGAAGGAAAAGCAGUUUUCUAGGGGACAUAUUAAAAAGGAAUGUGAAGUUACAGUUUGCAAAGGCAAGUAUAGAAGCUAUGUGUGUAAGGGUGACUUAGGUGAUCUCUCACAUUUUUUAAACUCUUCAGAUACCUAGAUAAUAUUGGGACACAAGUUGAACAAAAUGCAUUAAGAAGGAAGAAUGCUCCUACUACACUACCCUGACAGUUGAGUAACAACUUUGUCUGUAGAUGUCAGUUACCGUGGUAACUAUAUUGCGAUAAAGGAGAAAAGAAGAGUAACUUAAGCCUAUUGCUAAGAAAUUUAUCAGGCUAUGAAACUUGUAUGUUGCUGCCAAUUCAUUGUAGCUAGAAAGUAGCUGGUAGCAUUAUGGUUCACUUCUCUGCCUCUGAAAAUGCAGUGAAAAUACCAAGAAGAGGUGUUUCCUUUGAGGCUUUUUUGCCUUGUGCUACUGUUGCUCCUUGGUUUCCCUUGCAUAAUUGAUUAAAUUCAGUUAUUCAGUAAUGUUUACAGCUUAAUUAACUUUGGUAGUUUAAAAGAUUAUAAGGUAAUACAUGUGUAAAUUGGCUGUGUGAGAAAUAUCCCAUUCCUUAGUAAUCCUGAGGAAGGGCUAUGUCAGCUAAACCAAGCAUUGACAACUUUAGUUUAAAAAGAAGCGGGGGUACACCUGGGCAGUACAUUGAGUUUUUAAUGUUAAUUCAGAAAGCAGUUACUAUUUAAUUAACUGAGAACAUAUGGUCAAGUGACAUUUACUGAAAUAACCAAUUUGCCAGGUGCUUCAACUAUUGUGCAGUAAGCCUAAAAAUUACUAGAAAAUAGAUUCCUGCUAGCAGGAAAUCUUUAUUUUGAGUACUUAAGCUAGUCUCAAGGUAUCCUCUGGGGAUAAACAGGAUUGAAAUUUUUUUAUUUCUCAGGAAGCUCUUCAGUGUGGCAAGGACUUGUAGUAUAAAGUAAAUUGACAACUCUUUUAGUGCUACAGAAGAUUCACAAUUACAUGCCUGACCCUUUCACCAUACAGCAGGAGGCCACUCCAGUUCUUUUCGUUUUGUUUCCUGAGUUUCCUCCUUCUUUGUGGGAAUCAGAUAUCUUGUGUAGAAAAAAAUAGUUCAUGCCAAAAUAGAGGUGACUUUGGAAACCAGUUCCCAAGCAAUUUUGAGACCAGGUUGAAAUCCCUUCCCUGUUACAGAUGGCAUAGAAAACACAAGUCUGUUAAUUGGACUAUUCCUUUUCUUGCCAAUUGUUCUUGCUUUCUCUAUUUCUGUCUGCAUAGUCAGGAAAAGAUUUAAUGUUUAAUAUUUAAACAAAAUAUUUAAUGUCUACAAGGUAAAAUUAUUCAAACUUUAAACCAGUAUUGAAACCAGUUGGAAACCAGCUAAUAGUUUCUUAAUCUAAGAUUUAGAGAUGAAUGUAAACUGUAUUCUGUUGAAAUGUGCAAGUGUUUGAUUCAUGCCGUUUGUCCUGCCUUUAAAGUCACUGUUUAGUGGGACCAACUUAAAAAGUUUGUAGCCUUAAAAAAAUCACCAUGCUAAAAUAUUUAUUCCUAAUAUAAGUCAAAAACAUAAGUGACUGCCCUGAGUUGGAUAGUCUCAGUGUUAGGGUCCAAGGGGAGAUGACAGCUUUCCGAAGAAAGACCCCAUGCACACCUAUUGUUUUCUGUUGAGAAUUUGUUGGGCAAUUCUCUCUCUGAUCAGAGGGAAAAAGAGCCUGAAAACAAGGCUCUGAUAAUGUUGGUAAAUAUAGAAGAGAAUUAAGAUUCUGGUAAAAGGCAAACAAUCUGUUUCAGGAGUCAAAUUAUCUGACAAAAUUAUUUCUGCAAGAAAACAGAUGUUUAAUGCUCUUAAACUUUAUCUUCUUGCAUAUGUUUGUACAAAAAUUAUCUUCAUCCUUGUGGUGCUUAUUCAUCUGAGCCAUCUACAAAGUCCCCAUGCCUUUGCUUUGUUUUUCUUUUGUAGUAUAAGGCUUUUGCUUUUGCCUUAAGGUCUCCCUAGGAAAUUAACAGAACUUUUAAUUUUGUACAGUUUCUGCAGCAUGGAUCAAACAUUGGCUUAUGAUGCUAAUGUGUGAGGAUAAAAAAUUACCUAAAGCAGGUGAGCUUUAAUGAACAAAUGUAUAUUUUCUCUGAGUUUGAGUAGAGUGUGUAUGUGUGUUUUAUAAGUAUGAAGACAGUCCAGUUUUAACAAAUUAAUUGGUCAAGUUACAAACUGUUACUCAUUCUUAAAAAGGUACAAAUGUAAAACUUAGAAAUAUAACUAGGAUAGGGACUGGAACCAUAAAAAGUAUGUUUACCAGUGGUUCAUUAAUUAUUUUGGAUAUGGAGUUCAGUUUUGUUUUUCAUUAGUGACAAGAAUGAUGCAGUACUAGGAAAGUUCUGAAAGAUGCUGUUAGUUUUACUUUAAAAUGAGAAU